AGUAGCAACAGCGCCCUCGUGCGCUUCGUGACCUAAUUAUUAACUCGCGAGCCCCCACCCCCAAAGUAAGCAACAAUUUAUCGCCGGCGGCGGCCAAGCCGGCCCCACCCGUUUUAGGCCUGUGAACUAGCGUGCGAACGCGCUUCGUGAUUCCCUGCUAUUUAUCUGCCCUCGGCGCCGGCGCUGCGCUAACGCAACAUGAGCCUCUCUCUCCCCCUGCCUUCAGUCCACGCCGCUCGCGGUUGCGUGAGCGCAGUUCAACGCCUGGGCCCUCUGCUGCGCCGCCUGUCCUUGGCGCCGCGCUUUGCGCCUUCGGUCGCUGCCAAACCGCUUUUCCCGCCAAGCUUCGCCGUCUCGGAGUGCUGCGGCUUAUCCAGCUCCGCCUUUGACGUGCUGCCUCACGACCCGACAGCUUCAGACGACAUGGCUGCUCCCGCACCUCAGUCGUCGCGCUCGGGCUUCGGCAGCGCGGCGGGCCUGCAGCCGCACCUGACCAACUCGGUGUGCACCGUGAUGCCGCCGCCCAGCCCUAGCAAGCGCAUGCGCUCGGAUUCAUUUGAUCACAUCGACCCCCGCGCCCUGCCGGCGCCCGCGGCUGCGGCCAAGCCCGCGGCCGCAGCUGCCACCGACCCCGAGGCCGCCCUGAGCAAGGCGCUCAAGAGCGUGGUCAAGAUUUUCUGCACCAGUGCCAACCCCAACUACGCGCUGCCCUGGCAGAUGAUGGCGCAGAGCAAGUCCACCGCCACAGGCUUCGUAGUGGCGCCGCUAAACUCGCGCCGCAUCCUGACCAACGCGCACGCGGUGACCAACCAGGUGCAGGUCAUGCUGCGCAAGCACGGCAACGCGCGCAAGUACCCGGCGCGCGUGCUGGCAGUGGGUCACGAGUGCGACAUCGCCAUGCUGACCGUGGACAACGACGAGUUCUGGACCGGCGACAUGGAGGCGCUGGAGGUGGGCCAGCUGCCCUCCAUGCAGGAGGCCGUCAUGGUGGUGGGCUUCCCCACUGGCGGCGACAAUGUGUGCGUUACCAAGGGUGUGGUGUCGCGCCUGGACCGCCAGGUCUACAGCCACGGCCGCUGCGCGCUACUGACCACACAGACCGACUCCGCCAUCAACAGCGGCAACUCGGGUGGCCCGGUGCUACAGGGCGCGGGCAAGCUGGCGGGGAUUGCCUUCCAGUCGCUCAUCGGGGCUGAGAACACCGGCUAUGUCAUCCCCGUGCCCGUGGUCAACCACUUCCUCACUGACCUGGAGCGCCACGGCGGCCGCUACACGGGCUUUCCCGAGAUGGGCAUGAGCUGGCAGACGCUGGAGAGCACCAGCAUGAAGGACAGCCUCAAGCUGCCGCGCGGCGCCACCGGUGUCUACAUCACUAGCACCGACCCUUGCUACAACGCAUCCAAGGAGCUGCGCGUGGGCGACGUGCUCACGCACGUGCAGGGCCACUCCAUCGCCGACGACGGCACCUUCCUGUUUGAGGGCCAGAACGUGCGCAUCGACUUCCGGCACCUGUCCUCCAUGGCCUACGACGGCGAGAGCCUGCAGCUGCGCGUGUGGCGCGACGGCGCCGCACACGAGCUGAGCGUUCAGGUUUCUGUGCCCAAGCACCUGGUGCUGCCGCACUGCCACGACCUCAAGCCGCGCUACUUCAUCUACGCCGGCCUGGUGUUCACGCGCCUCACCAACUUCUACCUGCGCCACCAGUACGGCGCCGACUGGUCCACCAAGGCGCCCAUCAAACUGUGCGACCGCUAUUAUGGCGGCGUCAUGGAGGCUCCCGGCCAAGAGGUGGUCCUGCUGUCCAAGGUGCUGUCUGCGGACGUGAACCAGGGCUUCCAGGACCUGCAGAACUACCAGGUGUACAAGGUGAACGGCGUCAAGGUGCACAACCUGCAGCACCUGGCGCAGCUGGUGGAGCGGUGCGAGUCAGACUACAUCCGCUUCGAGCUGGACUGGAAGCGGGUGGUGGUGCUGCACACGGCCUCGGGCCGCGCCGCCACCAGCGAGAUCCUCAAGAUGAACGCCAUCGCCUCCGCCUGCUCCGAGGGCCUCAUGGAGGAGCCGCUGUGCCUGCCGCCCGACCUGGAGGCCACCGCGCAGCCCUCCCUGGCGGACAGCGAGGUGGUGCCGGACGUGGCCGCCGAGCCCAUUGACGCGGAUGGCGGCGCAUCUGGCAAGGACGGUAGCAACGGCAACAACGGCAGCAACAACGGCAUGACCGCCGGAGGUGCCGCCAGCAGCAGCAAGGGCGUCCAGCCCCCCGCUGGCAGCAGUGUACCCAGCAGCGGUGCCGGUGCAGGAAUGGACACUGCGUCUGCAGCAGUUGCCAUGGCCAACGGCUGGGCACGCCUCUAGCUGUACUAGUCUGAUAUGAGUGGCAUGCUGCCAUGCAUCGGACGAGGAUUGGAAGGGCAAGUUAUGAGUGACUGCAGGAUGGAUGUAGGGCAGGAGAAGGCAUUGGCGUUGAGAUGUCAGGUGGGUGCGGCAGCGCGGGUUUGCGGCUUUCCGCAGGAGUAUGCUUAGGUUAUGAUUAGAUUCCCCAGCAGUGCGAAGGCGGGAACGGACACCAAUUGCGGAUAAUUGGGACGUUCCACUGUCUGAGCGUCGUUAAGCGCGUAUGCAAGUGUGUUGUGAAUAUGUUCACGUGUACCAUAAUGUAGUGUAUUAUGUACGAUGCGGUCUUCGCACUGUUUCAUAGCUCCGUAGCGACCACGUCAGGCGCAAUGGCGCAUGGGAGGAACAAGAUAUGUAGGUGGCGGGAGGCAGGGGGUUACCGGGGUAGACAUGGAAGGAAAUGGUCGAGGUUUGUACAGCAAGCCGAUGAGAGCUAUUAGUUGAGGUUCAAUGCAUCGUAGUCCCGCCGACUGUUGGUGAGUGUCGGCGUUGUAACGUCAAUGCCGU